AUGAGGCUAGACGAUGUGAAGGGAAAAUGGGUGGAAGAGAUACCACAUGUCCUAUGGACGUAUCGAACCACGCCCCGCAGAUCAACAGGGGAGACCCCCUUUUCGAUGACCUAUGGGGCCAAGGCUGUCAUUCCGCUAGAAACAAACUUUCCAACAACCAGCUCAUUCUAUCCCAGUGGCAACAAUGAGCUGCUGGAGAAGAGUUUAGACCUUACCGAGGAAAGAAUGGAAAGGGCAAUGGUCCAACUUGCCUACUACCAACACAAGCAUAAGCAAGGUUAUGAUGCCAAGGUAAAGCUAAGGCCACUAACACCUAGGGACUUGGUAUUGAGGAAAGUUCUGGACACUGCAAAAAAAUCCCGUAUGGGGAAAGCUCGAGCCAAAUUGGGAUGGUCCAUAUUGUAUCACUUCAGUGGCUGGCAUAAGGGCAUACUUUUUAGAAGAUUUGGAUAA